GCCGAAGCGGAGGGGGAGGUGGCGAACUUGCCACAGGCCAAAGCGGAGAGCGGAAGCGGAAGCGGCGAGAAGCGGAGCCCGAAGCGGAGAGCAGCGGAGCCCGAAGCGGAGAGCAGCGGAGCCCGAAGCGGAAGCGGGGAGAAGCGGGGAGAAGCGACGACAACCGGGGAGAAGCGGGGAGAAGCCGAAAUGGCGAGAAGCGGGAGCAGGAGGCGGAGGUGGCGAUCUUGCCACGUGGCCAUCUUGUCACGUGGGAGGGGGAGGUGGCGAGCUUGCCGCGUGGCGAACUCGUGAUUCCCACGUGGCGAUCUUGUCACAUGCGAGGGGGAGGUGGCGAGCUUCGUCGGGUGGGGUCCGAUUGGCAUUGCAGUUAGUCGGGUCCACUCGUGAUUGCGGUCGCGUCAGCAUGUGUGUGUGCGCGCGCAAGGAAAAUGAGUGAUUCACAUCACUCAAGACAGCUAUGACGCGUCUUAGAUUGCAGUCGCGUCAGCAUGUGUCUGUGUGCGCACAAGAAAAAUGAGUGAUUGAGAUCUCUCUCCCUCUCUCAAUCAAUCAAUCAAUCAAUCAAUCAAUCAAUCAGCAAAGGGAAG